ACACAUGACUCAUUUUCUAAACAUUUUUAAACUAAGACUUAAACGUGCACAGUCACGGGAUUGUCAGAUUUUAGUGUGCGUUAUUAUCAGCUUGGCGUGUUAUUGUGAUACCAGUAAUAUGUAGCGAUACUUGUUUAUCUCGACGCAGCAGGUUUUAGCCUAGUGGUGAGCGGCGUUACGGUCUGAAUGUGUUUGUGCUGCAUCAGCUCGCAAUUGUUCCCCCAAAAGCUGUAUUGUUUUAUAGUUUUUUAGCUUAAUUUUAAAAAUUGCUGCCCGAGAGAUGGCAUCGUUAACGACGACGGAUCCAGUUUUUAACCCCGGGGCCAUAGGGUUGCCAGAGUCUGUAGUCCCUGCUUGCAUGUUUGCUCCUGGCCGGGGAUGCGGCGAUGAUGACGGGGCAGAGUGCUUCGAGGACGGGGAGAUUUUCAACGGCGAGACCGUGGAUCUCGGAAUAGACUUCUCCAGCAAGCUAGCCCUGGUCAGUCCCAAUGGAGAACAGUAUGACUUGUUACUACGGCAACUACGUGAGAGGAUGGACGAGGGCUGCGGGGAGACCAUCUAUGUCUUGGGGGUGGGUUCAGAUGGAGGAGACUAUGGUUUGAAUGACAGUGAUAUGCAGGCGUCUGUGGCUACAGUAAGGUCCAUGUGUGAGCAGAUCGAGGCGGACCUCAUCCUGUUGAGGGAGCGUACUGAGGCUGGUGGCCAGGUCAGAGAUUACCUUAUUCGCCGCCAGGUGGGAGAAGCCGACUUCUUGGAGGUUAGGGUGGCUGUAGUGGGGAAUGUGGAUGCCGGUAAAAGCACUCUGCUAGGGGUGCUGACUCAUGGAGAGUUGGAUAAUGGCCGUGGCUUUGCGCGACAGAAGCUCUUCAGGCACAAGCACGAAAUGGAGAGUGGGCGCACCAGCAGCGUGGGUAACGACAUCCUGGGAUUUGAUCAAGAGGGCCAGGUAGUCAACAAACCCGACAGUCACGGAGGCAGCCUGGAUUGGACCAAGAUCUGUGAGAAGUCUUCUAAAGUCAUUACCUUUAUUGACCUUGCUGGCCAUGAGAAGUACCUGAAGACAACUGUGUUUGGAAUGACCGGUCAUCUGCCUGAUUUCUGCAUGCUGAUGAUUGGAAGUAAUGCAGGAAUUGUUGGCAUGACCAAAGAGCACCUGGGUUUGGCAUUAGCUCUCAAUGUUCCUGUUUUUGUGGUGGUUACUAAGAUUGACAUGUGUCCAGCUAAUAUUCUUCAAGAGACCUUGAAGCUCCUGCAGAAGAUAUUAAAGUCUCCAGGCUGCAGGAAGAUCCCUGUCCUAGUCCAGAACAAAGAUGAUGUCAUCGUCACAGCAUCCAACUUCAGUUCUGAGAGAAUAUGUCCGAUCUUCCAGAUCUCUAACGUCACAGGAGAGAACAUGGACCUAUUGAAGAUGUUCCUGAACCUGCUCUCCUCCAGAAGCUCAUUCAAAGACCACGAGCCUGCCGAGUUCCAGAUAGAUGACACCUAUUCAGUACCAGGUGUAGGAACGGUAGUAUCUGGGACCACGUUACGAGGGCUGAUUCGACUCAAUGACACUUUGCUUCUUGGACCAGACCCCUUGGGCGCUUUCCUCUCCAUCACUGUCAAAUCCAUUCAUCGCAAGAGGAUGCCUGUGAAAGAGGUCCGCGGUGGACAAACAGCCUCUUUUGCUCUGAAAAAGAUCAAGCGCUCCUCAAUAAGGAAGGGAAUGGUCAUGGUGUCACCAAGAUUAAACCCACAGGCAUACUGGGAGUUUGAGGCCGAGAUACUAGUUUUGCAUCACCCGACGACCAUCUCGCCAAGAUAUCAAGCCAUGGUGCACUGCGGUAGCAUCAGGCAAACAGCUACUAUCCUGUCUAUGACCAGAGACUGCUUGCGCACAGGAGACAAAGCUACCGUACACUUCCGCUUCAUUAAAACCCCAGAGUACCUGCACAUAGACCAGAGGCUUGUCUUCAGAGAGGGAAGAACCAAAGCUGUGGGCACCAUCACCAAGUUGCUCCUGUCAACAAAUAAUCAGCCGUCAAACUCCAAACCUCCGCAGAUCAAGAUGCAGUCAACAAAGAAAGCCCCGGCUAGAAGAGAGGAUGGAGCGGCCCCACCCAGUGAGGAGACUGCUAGCACAGGAUCGCCAGCCGCUCAACAAAACAUACCGCAACAGACAGAAAUGGAGGAAGACCCUCAAAACAAAGAGAACAAGCCAAAGUCUGGAGGCAGAAGACGAGGAGGUCAGCGGCACAAAGGCAAACCUCAGAACAACUCCACAGUGACCCUUGCUGGUGCGGUCGGGGGCUGCUAAACUCGCCCCUUUUCAAGAGUCCAGUACACCCUCCGUGUUUUACUCAUGCCUUUUACCUGCCCACAUGGACCAUACCACUUUGAUGACAAAGCUUAAGGAGUUCACAGAACCAACAUGCACAUUGUUUUGUGAAUUUUAACUUAUUAUAAGAUGUGCGUGUUUGUAGACUGUAUAUACCGUAGAUAUUGAGACUAUAGGACAGACAUACUGCAUGGUGGUUCUGUUUUGGCUGUAAAUGUCAACUUGAGAAGGAUAAACUUUAAGUCUGUUUCUUCUUGCUGAACAUGACAUCAUGUACUUGCUCAGUGACUGUCAUUCCUAUCACAUUUUUAAGAUAAUCCCAUUGGAAACUCUUCAUUAUGUAGCAAACUGUUUUAAAGGGACUAUUAACAAGCCUUGUCACACAACCACAUUUAGUUUGAAUUAGCAUUAUUGUUAUUGUGGACCACGACGAUAAGAGAUGCUUUUGGAACAUGUUAUGAGCUGAAUUCACUGGCGGCUUUAAAGCGUUAGUUCACCCAAAAAUGAAAAUAAUGUCUUUUAAUUACUCACUCUCAUGUCGUUCUACACCCAUAAGACCUUCGUUCAUCUUCGGAACACAAAUUAAGAUAUUUUUGAUUAAAUCCGUUGGCUCAGUGAGGCCUCCAUUGACAGGCACGGUACUUCCUCUCUCAAGAUCCAUAAAGGUACUUAAAACAUUUAAAUCAGUUCAUGUGAGUUCAGUGGUUCUACCUUAAUAUUAUAAAGUAUCAGUGGUUCGGAGCACCAAAGUCAUGUGAUUUCAGCAGUUUGGUGGUUUGACAUGCGAAUUAGUGAUUCGGAUCACGUGUCAAACCACCAAACUGCUGAAAUCAAGUGACUUUGUCGCUCCGAACCACUGAUUCGAUUCAUAAAGCUCCAAAGCAUCAUGAAGCAGUGUUUUGAAAUCGGCCAUCAUUAGAUAUUGUUAAAAAGUUAUUUUGUUUUUUUUGGCGCACAAAAAAUAUUCUCAUCGCUUUAUAAUAUUAAGGUUGAACCACUGUAGUCUCAUGAACUGAUUUAAAUAUGUUUUUAGUAGCUUUCUGGAUCUUGAGAGGUUCAGUGGCUUUGCUCUCAAUAGAGGCCUCACUGAGCCAUCAGAUUUCAUCAAAAAUAUCUUAAUUUGUAUUCUGAAGAUGAAAGAAGGUCUUACGGGUGUAGAACGACAUGAGGGUGAGUAAUAAAUGACAUAAUUUUCAUUUUUGGGUGAACUAACCCUUUAAGACACUGUGACUUGCAAAGUUUUUUGGCAGCUAGUUUAGUGUGAAAUGCGAAUUGGCAAUUAAAUGUACUUCAAAAUCUAAUAACACUCAUUGCUAAUUUUUACCUCAUAUUUCAGUCUAUUAACAGUUUCCCAAAUCCUUGGUCAACCUUGUGUUAUCAGGCCUGACAGACUUUGCUCAGGUUCUUGGAGCAUAUUAAAAUUGUCAAAUAAGAUAUUUUCAGAUUACCCAGUGAAAGGGGGUGAAAAACAGAAUGUUGAUCUUAAGUUUCAAAAUGUUGUGUAAUAGUUCACCAUGGGGAAACAUUGCAAAACAGUGCCAUUUGUUCUUGGAUAAGAAAAAAAAUGUUUUUUAUGAAUUAACCAGUUCCCCCCCCAAUAUGACACCUGGACCAUUCUCUGCGUUUACAUGUGAAACUUUCCACAACCAAUAUCCAAAUAAACUGAUGUUGACAAUUUCA